UGCGACCCAAUAAAGCUUUCCGGGGUGGGGGGGAGCCGCUUUUCUCCUCAAACUCAUCCUUAGGAGGACGGAAAUGGUGGAUGUAACGCUGCGAAACAAACGCUGCUGCGGAUCGCGGGCUUGGAGACCCCAUUGCAAAGGCUGGAUAAAAGGAGCUGCAUUUCUCUCGCCUCUUUGCUCUAAUAUUCACUGCAGGUCGCACUUAACCAGGGAUGAGAAGCAGCUUAGUCCCCUCCGACUUAUAUAUAUUUUUAAAUGAAACAAUCAGGAUUUGGUUUGAAUAACCAGAAAAAUAACACCAACCAAAAAAAAAACCAACCCCACAACAACCAAAAGAGCCUGGGGAGGGUUAUUUUCCAGCCCACCCUUUGCUCGUCUGCAGCCUGGAAUGUGCGAUGUGCAGGCGAUUUUUUAUUGCAAGGCGCAGGAAAGCACCCCCCCAAAAAAUAAGCUAGAGUUUAAAAAUAAAGCGAAAGGAAACAAGGAAACAGCAUCAGGAGCCAAAAGCGUUUUGCAAGAGGGUAACGACCUGGCCAGGGAGCGGGAGGCUCCCUGGGUGUAAACCGCUUGGGAUUGCCAAAAAACAAAGGAAAACCCAGCCCCAAACAUAAAUAUAAACGUAAAUCCGCAACCACACACAGAUAAUUCGGCGCUUAUAGGGAGAAGGAAAGCGACAUGGAGCACCCAGCGCACUCAAGGCGUUUCUCAGGCUGCUGAAUGGAGACGGAGUUAAUAUAUAUAUAUAUAAAAAAAUAUAGCAAGAAGAAGAAGAAGCGCUCAGGAAAGCAAAGCCCGAAAUGGGGCUGGGGGGGAAAAAGGGGGCGCCCCCCCUACUCCGGAGGACAAGGAAAGGCUGGAAAUUCAGAUCUGAAGGUCUUUAUUUCCCCUUCGCCCGCGCCCUUUGAAGAGAGGGGCUGGUUUCUCCAGCAGACGAGGAAGAUCCAGGCUCCUGGCAGCAAUAAAUUGAGCCAAAAAAAAAGGGGGGGAAAGGUAACAGGAAUGUAAACUUUGGCGCAUUGGAGGAGCUGCCUCUGCAGAGGGCUCAGGAGCUUCCCCGACCGCCUCCGCGCUCCAAACCUCGACAAACAACGCGGGGAAUGCGUUUCCGUCCACCAAAAUAAAAUCUGCGUGCGCUUAAAAGAUAUGUUUAAAAAAGGAAUUCCAAGGGAUGCGGAUGCUGCUGCGAGUUUCGCCUUCAGUGGAAAGAGAAUUAAAAGAUAUAUUAAAAAAUUUGAAAUCACUUGUAUUUUAAUCUACUGGCCGAACUGUGAUUUUGGGGGCGUGAAGCGCGUAAAAAAAAAAAAAAUGCGCGCAAGGAUUUAAAAAUUAUUAAAAAAUUGUGCUCGCUGCGCCCUUUUUCCUCCGCGGGGGCGGAGCGGGGUGGGGGGGGGUGCGGAGCGGCGGUUGCGCUGCCGCGGAGCAGCACUAGGUGCCGCUGCCGCCUCGCCGUCCCGCGGAGCGCUCCGCCAGCGCUCCGCCCGCGCACCCCCCGCGCACCCCCGGCGCCUUCCGCGGGCGCCCAUCAAUUACCCGCCCCGGGGUCAUCAAGGCAAAUUGAUGAGUGGCCGGCGCCUUCACGUGAUGCCACUUAAAUAUCCCAUAUUUGGGCAGAGCGUAUAGGGGUGGGGGGGAAAUGAAAAGAAGAAGACAGAAGAAUCCCCCCUACCUAUAAAUUCUGCACUUUAGGAGGAACAAAACGCGCCCCCCCCCCUACACGCACACCCCACCCCUGAACUUCAAAGGGCCACAAAUCACCCUAAUCAAAGAGGUUGGGGGGAAAAUAAAUAGAAAAAAAGAAAAAAGAGGGGGGAGGAAGAAGGAAGAAAAAAAAAAAAAAGAAGAAAUAAUAGGGAAAAGAAAGAAGAAAUAAGGAAACAAAAAAAAAAAAAAAGAAAUAAAAGGAAAUAAAUCCCCCUCCCCAAAUUUCUUUCCCCCCCCCUUUCUUUUUCCUCCCCUCCUCCGCCAUGAGUUCUUACGUCGCCAAUUCCUUUUAUAAGCAAAAUCCCCCCGUUCCUGCCUAUGCCAUGCAAAGUUAUGGAAAUUAUGGAAGUGUGCCCGAGGUUCCAGCACCCCCCAGGUACCGCUACGCUGGUUUGGAUCUGAGCAUCACCCUCCCCUCCUCCUCCUCCUCCUCCUCCGGGGCCACCAACUCCCUCAACGGCUUGGACAUGGCUGCGACCCCCCCAGCGAACCCCCAGCGACCUCCCUGCACGGUCAUGGGUUCUUCAGGGCAUCCUUUAGAGCAAGGAGCCCUAAAUCCCGGGAUUUACAGGCAGAAGAGCGUUAAGCCGCCGUUGGAGGAGAGAUCUAAGAGCUCGGGUGAAAUCAAAGCUGAACCCGUGCAAACAGCACAACAAGGAGAACCACAACUGCAGCAGCAACAACCUCCACAAAUUUACCCCUGGAUGACCAAACUACACAUGAGCCAUGAAACGGAUGGGAAACGCUCCCGAACCAGCUACACCCGCUACCAAACUCUGGAACUAGAGAAAGAGUUUCAUUUUAACAGAUACCUGACCCGACGGAGGCGCAUUGAGAUCGCCAACAACCUCUGCCUCAACGAGAGACAGAUCAAAAUCUGGUUCCAGAACCGCAGGAUGAAGUGGAAGAAAGAUUCCAAGUUGAAAAGCAAAGAGGCUCUUUAGGUGGGAUUGCAGGAGAAUUGGGGGGUCCCCUGCUUUUUAAUGUUAAUUGUUAUUAUUAUUAUUCUUUUCCAUCGCUUCUGGUGGAAGUUAUAUUGAGGCAAGUUGGAUUUUUGGGGUGGGGAGGGAGCUGCUGGAUGGACUCUGGUCUGUACCCUCACAAACCCCUCAGACAAAGGAGAUCUCUUAUUAGUAUGCAACAACAACAAAAAAGGCACCACCCCGCUGUUCGCUUCGUGCAAAAAUUCAGUGUAUGGCUCUAUAGGUUGUUAUUAAGUGUCCUAACCUGUGCGCUCUUUGGGGGAAAAAGAAUCACGAAGAAAGAGGGGAAAACAUCAAUAAAUCACAACGCCAAAAAGGCUUGGAAAAAAUAAUCCGCUGGGUUGCUGCAUCGCGUCGUCUCAGCGCUAAAAACCGCGAUAUUCAUGGGAAAAUGGCAAAAAUACCCACACACAAAUAAAACGCUGGUGAAGAAGGAAAAGAAGCGAAAUAAAAGGGGGAAAAAAAGCUCCCAAAGUGUGUAAGUUUUGUGAAGUCCCAACCUGGCCCUGAUGGGAGAAGGAAAUUGCUGAUGUGAUUCGCUGGGUUGCCCAGGAAAGAUGCGCUGGCACAAGUCGGGAAAAGGCUUGGAAAGCCCUCAAAUCCAAUUUGGAAGCCCCGGAGAGAAGCGGGGGGGGUCCCUGGUGUGUGUUUGCGUGUUUGCGUUGGGACUCGGACGCAUUAUUUCGUUAUUAUUUGCAUAGAGAAGAAAUUAAUAGACUGGGGGGAAAGGGACGGGAGGGGGACACCGGUUUGAGCGGCUCCUAUAAAACCUUCGGGUAGGAAAGUGCAGCAUGGGGGGGGGGGGUGUGGAGGGAAAAAUAGGACUAAAUAUUAUUGUGUAUUUAUUUGUUGCGUCAUUAAUGUAGAUUUGCUAAAUGCUAAGAUAUAUAUUAAACAAAAAAAAAAGCCAAGGCGAAGAGGAAUUUGUACAUCUCUGUCUAAAUUCAGUCCAUCGCAGUAACUUCUUUUAUAUAUCCCCCCCCCGCCAAGUGAUGCGCUCGGGAUAUUGAUGAGUUGCUGUUUCGCCUGCGAAACUUCUAUUUUGUCAUAUGGAAUAAACGGUGAAUGAUGCAAAA